UUCACCAGUAGUUUAUAAAUACAGCAUGAUUCUGCAUAAUGUUGUCAGUAUAUAAAAUACUUUAUCGCUGGAUACAUCAGUCGUUCAGAUAUGAUGAAAUUAUUGUUGAUUACUUUAGUAUUACUUUCUAAUCAGCUUAUUGCUGUAACGUCGCUAGAGGAAUCAAUGUCCACCAAGCCAUUGAUCAAGCUUUUAAAUGUGGGGCUCAAAAUACACGAAGCAAUCGAAGACACCCAUCAAAGCGUACAGAAAGCUUUGGGAUAUGAAUCAGACCAGGAAGUACUCCAUGCAGUCAAGGAGAAUACUGAUGAGUUAGUGCAGAAAUUGAAAUCUAUAUCAAGUUUGGUUAAGGAGGAAGCAACAAAAUAUGGCGAACCAGCCCUGAAGGAAGUGGCAGACGAAAUUGUGGACCGAGCUGAGAUGAUCAGUAGGGCGGAUCCUGAAACGGCCAAGAAAGCUCAGGACUAUUUGGCUAGCGUGCAGAGCAGUAUCCACACGUUGAUAACCCAGGUGGCGGCACUUGAUGCCAGAAUUGAGCGGGAGAAGCAAACAGCUACAAAUGAGCUUCAAGACACCAUUGCCCAGCUUUAUUUGGCCGCGACAGAUGCAGCACGAAAGACCUCAGAAGCUCUUGAACCAAAAUGUGACACGGAUUGUUGAAGUUUUGGAGCUUUCUAAUUAGUUAAAAAUGUUAUGUUAAAUUUUUAAAGCUAAGGGUAGCGGUUUAAAUAUGAUUGUAGCUAGUCUUGAUUAUUAGAAGUGCGGAAAAAUACUUACCAGUUCAUAAAUUUUAA